AGUGUUGAUAUUGUAGGAAACGAUAUCAAAAACCACACACAUAUGCUCUAUUCAGUGAACCAUGGUUACCUUUGGUACGCACGUAACUUCGUAAAUUACAUGACUUUGCGGCUUCCAAAUAAGAAAUUCAUUGCUGGUAAAUAUUUUGUUAGUGAAUACUUUGUGAUUAAAUUAGGAAAAUGCCUGCUGAAAAUUUAGAAGAACAGGGUUUGGAAAAGAAUCCAAAAUUGGAAUUGGCACAAAUGAAGUUUUUAUUAACUUUGGAGGAGCAUAAAAAUGACACAGCGCUAAAAAAUGGCUUACUAGAUGCUAUACGUGCGGAUAACAUGGCUCCAUGGUACGAGCAUAUUUGUACAGAACUAAAUUGGACUGUUGAUAAUGAUUUGCUUACAAAAAUGAAAGAACAAAAUCGCAAUGAAUUGGCAAAAUUAGAUGAAGCGAUAGAGGAUGCUGAAAAGAACCUUGGCGAAAUGGAAGUGCGUGAGGCGAAUUUAAAGAAGUCUGAAUAUUUAUGCCGUAUUGGUGAUAAAGCUGCUGCUGAAUUAGCAUUUAGAAAAACUCAUGAAAAAACAGUAUCGCUGGGCCAUCGCUUGGAUAUAGUUUUUCAUUUAAUUCGUCUUGGUUUAUUUUACUUAGACCAUGAUCUGAUAACACGCAAUAUUGAAAAAGCCAAAUAUUUGAUAGAAGAAGGUGGAGAUUGGGAUCGACGUAAUCGCUUAAAAGUUUACCAAGGUAUAUAUUCAGUAGCCAUAAGAGAGUUCAAAUCUGCUGCAAACUACUUUCUGGAUACUGUAAGCACAUUUACUUCAUAUGAAUUGAUGGAUUAUCCCACUUUUGUGCGUUACACUGUGUAUGUGGCUAUGAUUGCCUUACCACGCAAUGAACUGCGUGACAAAAUCAUAAAGGGUGCAGAAAUUCAGGAAGUAUUACACGCGCUACCAGAUGUUAAGAAAUACCUAUAUUCACUUUAUAAUUGUCAAUAUUCAGAUUUCUUUAUGCAUUUAUCUGAAGUUGAACAAUUGUUACGCAAGGAUUAUCUAGCCUAUCCUCAUUACAGUUUUUAUGUCCGUGAAAUGCGUAUACUAGCCUAUACUCAAUUGUUGGAAUCAUAUCGUUCUCUAACGUUGCAAUAUAUGGCGGAAGCUUUUGGAGUCGAUAUUGAUUACAUUGAUCAAGAGUUAGCCCGUUAUAUUGCAGCUGGUCGCCUGCAUGCCAAAGUUGACCGUGUAGGUGGAAUUGUCGAAACUAAUCGCCCGGAUAGUAAGAAUUGGCAAUACCAAGCAACUAUUAAACAGGGAGACUUACUGCUUAACCGUAUACAAAAACUUAGCCGUGUUAUUAAUAUAUAAAAUCAUUGUUA